GCCUCUGCAUAACUAGGAUACACACAGCCAACACCAACACACACAACACGCCAGCAAAUAGCAAAGUCACACGCGACCAAAGCUAUGCGUAGGCGAUGAAAAAUAAAAAACCCAAGCGAUCAUAUCCAUGAUCAGCAAAUUACGACAAUGACCAUAUCUGCACCAACUAUCUCAUGACACCACACGGACAACGAAUUUUUUCAACAGCAACGCCUUCAGGAAGGGAGUAACGCUCAUGCACCAUCGUCACCGGAUCCAACAACAAAUGCUAGAAUCUAGAUUUUCACCCUGAAGAAUCAGUCCGAGCAUAACCGAACAAUGCUUUCAACAAGGUAACGAUGUAAGAAAAAUAUCGCCAUUGCCAGGUAUAACAAUUGGCCAGACCUAGGCUUUCACCCCGGAGCUCGAGACCGGGUGCACAAGUAGCACCACCAUCGAAGUCACUCAUGUGUUGUCGCCACCACUUCUCCACGAUCCCAACAACUACAUGCGAUGUGAUUGAUGUCGUUGCAUAACCAUUCCUUUGUGUCAAGUCGCUGCCCAUAGUUUUCAUUUCACCGUCGAAGUCAACAAUUAGCCUGGAAAAUAGACGUUUUGAUGACCGUCGACAUCGUGGAGCCGUAGGAGUCGCUGCAGCACACAACCAAUUGGAUAUGGAUCACCGCAACCAAGCUAUCCAGAUAUGAAUCAAGGUAGUCACAUCGGAUCGAUCACGAAGGACGCCAAAGCUGCGGCUGCCUAACAACAGACCUGGCCGCCGCGCCAUCCGCAUGGACGAGGAUUCCUGGACUCCCGCGUGGCCGCGGCAGCAGUGAGGGCAGUGAUGACCUGGGCAGACCGAGCUUCCCCGCACCAGCCAUUAGCCGGAUUACCAUUAGCCGUCGGUCAUGCCCGUCCGAGGGCCCCACCCGCACAGCACAAAUCAGGGGCCAGCACAUCCAGAUCCUUGGGCGGGACCGCGGGAGGACGACGCCCAGGCCACACGGCCCAACGACGCCGCGCGCCGGCGACGGGCUACGAUCCAAGCCACAGCACAGAGCCCACAGCGGCGAGCGCCUCCGCCUCCGCCAAACAGCUCCAUUUGAUGCCGUUGUCCUCUGCGCUCGCAGAGAAGGUAGGCUGGAGCCACCACACACCCUCCACCUUCGGUGAAAGGGCAGCGCCGCCGCCGCCGCCACCUGCGGCCGGCAACGACGGCAGCGAGUACAGAUCUUGGAAGGAUGUGCUGCUGGCUAGGUUCGUGGGGGCCUCCGGAGUCGCCCGAACGUGCGACCCGGGAGGCAGUUUUCCUUCUAUCCCACCAGAGGGAGGAGGUGUCGUUGGGCGCCGUGGUGGCAUCGACGAUAGCUGGACCGAGCAAGGUUGAUGCAUCAGUACAGUUCUGGAGAUGGAGCGGUGGCAGUUGGCGGCGACGGUCUCUGAGUGCACGCCGGAUCGGUGAGACCCAUACCCGGCAGGCGUCCUGGAUGGGACCUCGGGUCUUAGAUGUUAGGUUUGGCUGCGAUGUUUGUUUAGUAUUAGGCCCAGGCUAUCUGUGCCCCUUCAUUAACUGGAUAGAAUUGCUUAGACGGCGGCUUUAGGCUUUCUGUUGUAUUACUUUGUAAGGUCUUAUGAGAAUAAUUAAUAAAGUGGUCGUAUGCAUCGCCCA